AUGUCGAAUCCCGAUUCUAGGACGCUGCCCGACGGCUGGGUCACACAGUUCAAUGACGAGCACAAGGUGUGGUUCUAUAUCAAUACCAAGGCGCCAGGAGGUCCCGCCAGCCAGUGGACACAUCCAGCGGACGACAAGCCGGCUAUGCCAUCAUACGCCCCACCGUCCGGUGCGCCCCCAGCAUCCGGCUACGGUGGCGAGAAGGCUUCCUACUCCAGCACACCCCAGACCCAGCAGUACUCGGAGUAUGACCAAGCCCGGUCGGACAACCAGUAUCAAUCGCAGCCGCCCGUCCAGCCCUCAUACAAUCAGUACGACUCGGGCGCCUCCGUUCCGCAGAUGCAGCAACAGCCUCAAAAGAAGGGUCUCGGCGGCUUCCUCGACAAGCUCAAGCAGAAGGCGGCUGCACCCCCUCGCCAGCAGUAUGGCGGGUACGGCCAGCAACAGCAGUACGGCGGCUAUCCCCAGCAGGGGGGCAUGUACGGGCAGCAGCCGAUGGGCGGGGGCAUGAUGGGUGGCGGUAUGAUGGGUCGGCCGAUGGGCGGCGGGAUGAUGGGCGGGGGAGGGUACGGUCCGCCCAGAAGACAAGGGAUGGGUGCCGGAGGGGUGCGGCGCUAG